UCAGUCAUUCACCGGACUACCAGCCCAAUACACACACCAAACAUGAAGGCCUUUAUUGUGUUCGCCUGCUUAGCGGUAGCGACGGCCCGCGCCGGAAUCGCCCAUGGUGGAUAUGGCGGAUAUGGCGGUGGCUAUGGUGGUUAUGGUGGUGCCGGUCUGGCCAUCACCGGACACGGACUCCGCGGUGGUGCCGGUCUGAGCGGUGGACUCGCCGCUGGUGCUGGAACCGCUGCCUCCCUCCAGGGUGGUGCCUCUAGCUUGGGCUCUGGUGGUCUUGGUGCCAGCUAUGCUGCUGGUGCUGCGGCGGCGGCUGGCGCUGCUGGAGUUCAGCAGAUCGUCUCUGGUGGAGUCUAUGGUGGCAGGUCUGACAUCGGACCCGCUGAGGGACCCAAGGCCAACGUUGGACCCCAGACCGGACCAUCUGAUCUCGUAGGACCCCAGGAGGGAGCCAAGUCCGUUGGUGGACCUCGCACUGGACCGUCCAGCCUUGUAGGACCCGCUGCCGGCCCAUCCACCCUCGUUGGACCGUCCCAGGGAACCGCCACCCUCGUAGGACCAUCCCAGGCCACCGCUAACCUCGUUGGACCCAGCUACGGAGGUGUUGCCUUCUACGCCGGAUCCGGUGGAAUCAACGGUGAUGACGGAAGCUCUGGAGCUGCUGCUAACGCCGCGCCUGGUGCUGGACUCGGAGGUCUUGGUGGUCUUGGAGGUGCUGGCAUUGCUGUCAUCGGAGGAGGUGCUGGACUCGGUGGUGGUGCCCUUGGUGGCGGUGACGCCGGAAUUGCUGUGAUCAACGGACCGUCUGGCGCCAUCCACGCUGGACUCGGCGCUCACGGAGCUGUCAUCCCCGCGCCCCUUGGCAAAUGGUAGACGUUUUAAGACCCCAGCGAUCUCGGCUCGGCGACGGCGGCAAACCCACCACAGUCACUUACCGGUCUCGAACAAUCCUCAAACGCGCUCAACGUCUUCUUCCCAAAGCUUCGUCCAGUCUCGGAACACGAUCGGGGCACACUUGGCGCUAGUGAUAUGAUCGUUGGACACUCGGGACACACACAGAACGGUCGAUCGGUCGUACUUGCGUACACCGGCGAGCCGAUGAAGCGCGAUCCGAAGGACGGAUAAGAUCGUGAGAGGACGGCAUCGAGAUUUCGGCCACACGUGAUCCGCGGCCUCGCGUCGUUCUCUCCUCGUUCUCGACCCGCUACAACCGGGUAAAAUUUAGUCAAUUACCGUUCAUCGCGAGACCAACGAUAAAGGAAGCUCGGCGCGGGCCGCAAUCCAUCGAUCUCGGCACGCGACCACCUCGCCGCUCCUCGGCGACCUUUCACCCGCGAAACCGCGAACGUCGUUCUUUCGGACAGCAAAAUACUAAACGCGACGCGCAUUUCCGAGCUGCGACCGUGUGUCACAAAGCCACCCCGUGCACACGCGUAUCACGCUGCACCGUCGUGGACCUAGCAAGUGGGCAAGCUUUGGCACUUCGUCGUCGGAUCAACCGGAUCUGUUCUGUUUUUUGAACACCUACCGUUGUUCCGGCUAAACUUUCUUUUCUUACGUCUUCCACCAUCCGUAAGGCCGCCGCUCUUCACGCACAUAUCUAUUUCUCUCUUUUUCCACGGGUCGGUCGCGUCAAGCGCACGUUCCCAGCAUGUUGUUAUACUUACCGCCGCACUCCAAGCAUACAUAUUAUUAUUACUCGCGUCCAUGCGCACAUAUGUUCUUCUUAUAUAUAUAU